AUGUCGUAUCGGAACUAUCACCUCUCAAAAGAUGCAACGCCAGCUUCCCGGUUCAGUUCAUUGAGUUCUUCCAGCACGAGCUCGUAUCGUCCGUUGUAUGGUUCCGGUUCGUAUCGCAGCCCUCGUUCAGCUACCACAUUGUCCGCAAGCUCGACCGUGUCUUCGUUCAUUAGCCGCUACUCGAAUUUGUCUAUCGACAAGGAUAAAGAACAGGGUUGUGAUAGAGCGAAAGAAGAUGAACGUCGCAAGCAACGUGAAUUGCGCGAAAAAGAGCGCGUAAAAGAACGCGACCGGGAGAAAGAACGGCUGAUCGAAACGUCCAAAAAGCUCGAAGCCCAGAUAAAAGAAAGCAAACCGAGCCCGCUGAGAAAGUCCGCACUGAUUGCAGUGAAGUAUGGAUCAACGAAGGACAUUUCUUCGUCAGAAGAUCCUUCGGCGAAGGGACCUAUUGUUACUCAAUCCGCGAGAAAAACUCAUAGACCGCUGCCGUGUUCACCGCCUCUUACGUCGAGUCAGGCAUUCUCUCCAGAAUCCCAGUCGUGUGUUCAAGCUACCGAGUCGAAGCAAGAAAGUUCCUCCAGCUCCGAGACCACUACGACGGAGGAUUCGUCCGAGGAGAACGAGAACAGUUUGCAGCAGGAACCAAAAAUUUUCAUCGAAAUCUCUUUGGUAACAAGGGGCACAUCGCCUACCAGGCCUGGGACAACUCCUCUGAUCCGCACUCGACGGGUCGAGAUAGGCAAAACAAUCGAAACGACCAUCCGGAAGCAGCUUCUCCCAGUCGAAACGGCCGACAAACAAAUGCAGUCCGAUCGAAUGGAUGACUCCACAAGAUAUUUGCGUUACAAUCAACCGUCGUGCCGUAGCUGGUCCCCGUUUUUCGACUCUAAAGAGGGUACGUCAUCACCCACCCCUCUUUAUACGCGCUACUCAAGUAGUUCGUCAAAGUACAAUCGUGACACUCCUAGUUUGAGCCGCGAAACAAGUGUCAGCUCGACGAAAAGUGGCGCUUCGGAAAAUCAUGAGUUAUCGAAGCUGGCGGCUCGCGUUAAGGAUCUAAGUUUGUCCACUCAGAACAGCACCAAGCCCACGGCAAGCUUAUUGACGGACACUGGCACGAACAUCGGCAGACCCAGAACACUUCUUAAACAAAGUUCGCCGGAAAAACCUCCUGCAGUCCCAACAAAGGACGGUAUCGUGUCGAUGAAAUCGGUUGCCAACAAGGACUUUCGUAAAUCAGCACUUAACAUGGGCCCGGCUUCAGAGCGCCCAUGCAAGUCCUCUUCUUCUUCCUCAUCGACCAAAUCGUCCAGCAGCUAUUCCAGUUCAUCCGGUGCGUCUACUGCGGCGCAGAUCGAGAUGACAAAAGGCAAAACGGCCGUUCAGAUCAAUCAAAAUGGAAUUUCAGCUCGAAGUUCGUUAUCGCCGAGCUGUGAAGACACCAGCGGGUCCUCCAAUACUGAAACGGACCGAUCCAGUACAGAUCGAGAGCAAUCUCUGGUCCGUACUUCGUCGGUGGCACUCGAUGAGUCACAGAACACCACCAACAAUGAGCUCCUCAGGCGAGCAAUUCAGCUGGCAACCAAUUUCGUGAUGAAUCAAAAUCGUGGUGUCCCAGAACGUUGUUACGAGAACACUUCCACAGAGCAAUACUUGCCAUCGGAUGUGAGUGGGAAGGCAGGCUGGGAGGCAGGGACUCACUACAUGGAAAGUAUUAAGGAUGAUUCUAGCGACCAAGAUGAUGUGGAACAAGGUCAAUUUGACAGUAACAAGGAUGACGAGGGAAGGUCGGUGCUUCAACGUAUGACUUGGUGGCGUAAAUCAGACAAUUUCGAGCCGCAUUCCCCAAAACAGGAAGACACUAUUCAGGAAUCGCUACCAAGUGUUCGCAACUUCUGUUACCGUAUCCAACGUGUGGAGUCUGGCGAAAAACCGUGGUGGUUGUCGGAAGAGACCAAACGUCCGGAGUCGGAGGAAACGUCCGAGGAGAAGCCGAUGUCUGCCGUCACUGCGUUAAUGUCUGCCGAAGGAACCUCUGAAUCAGAGGCCGGCGAUGGCCGUAGCACGGUGACGGGCCUGUUUGAUAGUCAGGCACUUAAUUCAUUCCAUCCGAUCCAGGUGACUCGUAUCGAGUCCGGAGAGAAGGCUUGGUGGAUGAAUAGUUCAGACAAUUUGACCGAUAAGGUGAAUACUGAACAAAAUAUUGAAGCAUCAUGCAAAUCGCCAACACUGAGGCCAAGCAAUAGCAGUGAUAGUGGUGGUAAAAAAAGGGCAGGAUUCAUAGUUUGUACACUGGAAGCUGAGGACGAAGCAUGGUGGGAGGAAGCAAUGACUGGACUGAAGCGAAAGGAUUCCACCAGCGGUUCAAGUAGUACUUCGGUUAGUCGUGGACCAUCGCACGAACCAACACCUGAACCUAGAAAUGGACAACUGUUUAGAGUUUCCCAUGUUCGUUCCGGUGACAAAGCUUGGUGGUUGUACAGCUCAGACAAUGACGAGAAAACUCAGUCAAAGACAGAGCAUACUUCCGAAUCUGAGUUUGUGCACGAGUGUAGUCCUGUGAAAGCGAAACCGUUCAAGAUAACUCGCAUCGAAUCUGGUGAACAGCCUUGGUGGAUGCUGGAAACAUCCGAAGGUCCGCUUUUAUCUCGAUCCGGUUCCAAGUUGAACUCGAAUAGCCUCAACAGCUCUAAAAAAGGUAGCGGACAGACUAGCCCUACGAAGUAUCGUAUAACACACGUGGAAUCCGGCGAGAAAGCUUGGUGGAUGAUGUCGGACACUUCGGAUAAUUUGGCCGAUAGUCCACGCAAAUUAUCGACAUUCGCGGAGAAGCAUGAUGAGGAAGAAACCAGUUUGCACGACUUUGAAAACGAAACACAAAUCGGAAAGGAAUUGCACAACGUAACAAAGGUAGCGGCUGGUUUGCCGAAAUUUCCAAUCGGUGAAUAUGCGGCGGAAAUGCUUGGUGAAACACCACCCCUGGGUCAUCGGGCCAGUCCGGAGGGUAUAGAAGAUAAUAGCCCUCGAUUAGGCGGUCGAGUCUCGCCUUAUGAUAACAUUCCUUCAGCUGCAACCACAGUUGACGAGAGAUUUUUGGCUAGCGGAACCGUGGGAAGCAAUACGAACGGCGGAGUUGUACCAUUCAAGGACAUUCAGUGUCAAUCAGCAUUCAUCACACACCUUACGAACAUAGAUGAUCUGCUGGGUAAAUCGUGCCAUCCACUGAGCCCGAUUAUGGACCAAAUGUUUAUAAUGGACGGCGCUGUUCAAGAGAUAGCACCGGAGGAUGUUCAUUUUCACGACAGCACAGCACGAUUCAUCGAUUACGGAUCCGGUUCCGCUGAUAGAGUUCACCAUAUCGACCGCACAGCGACGCAGGUCAUCAGAAAAGAAUCGGCGGUGGAGUUUCAAUUUGUGCUAACAGUGGCCUAG